AUGUCUAAUCUUAAAAAACCACCUGCAAAACCUGUAAAUGAUUUGAUAAAAUUUUGGGCUCAACAACAAGAGAAAGAAAAGGCUGUUGCAGAAACGGUGUCAAAAUCUCGUCCUUUAUCUCCAAACACAUCCACGCCUCCUUCUCCGAGAAGUGAUUCUUACUUUCCACCUUUAUCACCAAGGCAAAGGAGUUUUCGUAAUACGCCUACAAGUUCUCCACCAUUAUCUCCAACCUUACACAAAACAAUAACUGAUUCUUCAAAAGUUAUAAUUACAAGUAGAUCGAUACAAAAUUUAAGUGAUGAUAGUAAUAAUGAAUCUCAAAAGUCAAUAAGUGAGACGUUGGCUUCGUCUUUAAAAGAUGUGGAAUCAUCAAAGUUUGACACGUUGACGAGUCACGUGACUCGUUCAUUUUCAGCUGCUAAUAAUGACAGUUCCAAAAAAUCCUUUUCACCCUCAUCCUCUCUUAGGUCAUUACCUGAUACUUUCAAAGAAGAAUUUGGAGUUCAAUUGCGACCACGUGACGCCUUAAGCAAGGUAAAGGCAGCGAGCCAAAUGGUUCAACGCGAAUCUUUGCCACCAGUAAAAAAUGUAUCAAACCUCGUGUCCAGAUUUGAAAAAGUGACUUCCCCGCCAGCGUCACCGACAACGGCGAAUCCUACGACUAAAAAGGCAUCAUCAGAAUCGUCAUCACCAAAACCAAUGUCUCCUAUAAGACGAAAUCAAACAAUCGAGCCUUUGUCGAUUUCGCAGCCAUUAUCUAACGCGAUAUCAAAUACUUUGGUUUCGAACCUCAAACGAAGGGAUACCGAUGAUAAUCCGUUUGAAACGUAUUCGACGUCGAAAUCAACACUUCUAACUGAACCUUCUACAAAACAAUCAUCAACUUCCGAAUUUCUAUACAAUCCGACCAAAUCAGUUUCAAGGAAGAGCUCGAUGAAACGGAGGUCAAACAUUCCUGAUCCUAUUAUAAUUCCUUCACCAACAACCCCUACAAGAACAUCUCAGUUAUUUAAUGAUGACAUUGUUAAAGUUCCAGAAAAGCAAGUUGUUGAAGAAUCAAAGAAACUAACGUCACCUAUUUCUUCGUCUGUAGUUUCUCCCAUAAAAUCAGACUCAGAACCAAAGUCCGAGCCAUUGAAACCAAAAACCGAAUCAGAACCAAAGACAGAAGAAAUUAAAGCACCAAAAUUCGGACCGUCUGAACAACUUUCGGUCGAAAAUCUACCAAAAAUUGCUCCAACUUCUCCAUUUAAUUUUGAUCUUCCUGAACCUAUUUUUGGAAAAUCAUCUAUGGGCGAAGGAUCGUUGAUUUCGAGGCAGGAGCAGAUUGAGACAAAUUCAUUCUUUUCUGUAUCAACUUCAUCUCCAAAACCACAGCAAUCUAUUUCGGAAUCAAAAUCGGUUUCAAUUACACGUGAAAGGGAAAUACCAAAGCCAUCUGUUCCAUCAAAGGAAACAACGAUGGUUUCGGAAACAAUUUCCGUUGUCUCACCAACCUCACCAAUUUCGCCAAAUGAUGAUUCACAAAUUUCGUCCAUCAUUCCCUCAUCAACUUUACAAAUUCCGGAAGAAUCAUUACCACGAGUUUCACUUUCAUCACCAUCUGGUCAGGAAACCGCGGUGGAAACCAUUUCUGAAAUCAUGUCAUCACCUACUGCACAAUCUCUAAAUCCAACCUCCCCUGCUGAUUCAACGCUUGCAUCCCCGGAAAUUGUGCCUUCGAAUGCGAAUUUUUUGUUGGGAUUUCUACCUGAGAUCACACCAAUUUCACCCUUUUGGAAUCCAGUUGCAGCAGACUCUAAAGCGGGCAGUAAUGCUGUUUCACCACUCUGGAAACCUUUUCCAGAAAAUCAGAGCAAGCCUAUUUCACCAAUUCUGUCACCAAAGACAGAUAAUUCUCUAAUUAAUGAUGAUGCAAAUAAAAAUUCUUUGCCUAAUAAUGACAACCAAGUUCCUGAUCUAUGGUUCAAAAGAUCUUCUUCAAACUUUUUAAAUAUCCCGGAACUUUCUUCACAACCUGUAGAUUCCCAACUUACCAUGCAGGAACCUAUACCAAGACCACUCAAAGAAAGUCCCUUGGACCGAUCUGCCAAUUCUUAUAUUUUCUCAUUCAUGUCAGAUGACACUGAUUCUUGGAAAUUCUUUGUCGAAUCACCUAAUGCUUCUUCAGUGAAUUUGAAAUUGAAUGUAAACCCAUUUGCUUCAUAUUUGGACAAUGUUAAGAAGGAUAAUGAUGCUACAGAUGUGGAAAGUGAUGAAGAUCAAAAAUAUAAUCCAUUUGUUGAUAAAAAACAAUCUGAAAAGAAAAAUAAACAUAUCUCAAAGGAUAAGAUCACACAUUCGCAUGCCAUUGAGUUGCAAGAAACAAGCAUAGCACAUUCACGUUCUACAACUAAAAUUGAUGAUGAAAAUGAUGAAAAUGAUCCAACGGAAAUUAAACCCAACAGCCGUAAAUUGACUAUCUUGGAUAAUUUUGGAAAUUUUUUAAAUCAAAAAAAAAACUCAGAUGGUGAUGAAAUAUCGUCAACGCCUCAGGCUGAUGAUACUCAGUCAUGUAGAAUUUCACAUCAAUCACUUAAAAACAAUAAAAGGAGUGAACAACGAAGCAGAAAUGUUAAUGUUGAUGCAUUAAGAAAGCCAAGGUCUAUACAAAGUUUAGAUUCAGUCUCUAAAUCUAAGGAAAGACGUCAUUAUAGCCAACAUAAAUAUAGACCUGUACAAAUACCAAAGUCUCCUUAUUCAACGAUACAUCCUCAAAGACAUACACUCUCUCCCGCAUUUAUUCUCAAGGAAAAGAAAAAUAUAUUAAAGUCCGUGUCGAUAAAUAAUUAUAAUCAUAAUUUACCAGAUUAUAAUGCAACAAAGGAGAAUAUUUCAAUGUUGGUUCCACAUAGUAUCUCUGCGAUUGAAUAUGGAAAGGUUAAUCAUUCUCUUCCAGAUUUAGCUAUACGUGAUCGUCAUCAUCAAUUUAACGAAACAUUUUAUAAGAAUAAUAUGACCGUGCCGGAUUUUACACGAGUUAGUUCUAUCACAGAAAAUGGCAAGGAAAAUGUACAAGAGACUAGCACUAUGGAUAUUUCAGUUGAAAAUAUAAUUGAACCAGUUGAUCCCACUGUACCUUCAUCUUCCACAAGAAUUACUAGAUUAACCAUCAAUCCAUUUGAUGAAUUUGAAAAGAAUGAACACUUCUUACCCACAACUCCUUGGAUAAAAUUACCACAUCUCGAUGAGUAUAUUGAAUCAUUGCCAAAGACUGGAUUCUCAAAUCCAAAAGAAAUCAUGACUUCCGAAGAAUAUGGUAAAUUCUUAGCGCAAGGAAAUAACCAAAAAUUUGCUGAAUAUUUAUUCCCUAUCAUUAGCCAGCCCACAAAUGAUCAGAGCGAUACGGAAUCUAUAAGCCAAGGGAAAGGAAAUGAUGAUAACAACAAUGGACCUACCGAAAGAGGAAUUGUCGGAUCUUCGCCUUCUCCUUCUUCAGAAAAAUACCAAGAAGCAGUUUCAAUAGUAUACGAACAAAGAUUUUCGAAAUUGGAGAUAAUGAGAGAUUUCAUACAAUUCAUGUCAUUAGCCUUAUCAUUUGUUACGCAAGGAAUGUUUAGUCGCAAUUGGAUUUAUAUAAUGUUAUCCUCAGUUCCUGAUUUUUUAAGUCUCAAAAUGGACAAAGUAUUUGGAUUUGGAGCUAUUUUCUUUUUGUUAUUUUUCGUCAUUGGAUUUUGUAACUUAUUUUUGUUCAGAAAGAUUGCUAAAUGGAAGAAAGCUACUGAUGUUGAGGAUAUUGGAUCAUCUCGUACAUCGUCAUGUUUACUUAAAAAUCACAUAACCAUGUUUGUUCUUACCACAAUAUACGUCCCAAUAACGAAAUUAUCAUUGGAUGCAGUGGUCUGGGCUGCACCAUUCUGGCCAGUGGCAAAUCCUUACCUGCCAAAUGUAGAUAAUCCGGAUUUUGAUUCAAUGGUUGAAGGAGGAAAUGAGGCGUUACGUUAUCCAAAAGAUUUUUGUUAUGUUACAAGUAUGAGCAAGGAUGGAUUGAACUUUUCACCUUUUAUCAUUGCCUUGGCAUUAUUAAAUUUGGGUGCGAUCAGUUUUUGGUUCCCAAUUACGUUAAAGAAAAUCGUGGAUAGACAGAUGGGAAGAUUUGGUUUUACAUCAAGCAAAGGAACGAAAGGAAAAGAAGCCAUUGAAGAUGAAGAUAAUUAUCCCCACAAAUUUUUAUUUAAUGGAUAUAAUGAUAAUUGGGGAACUUAUAAAUCAUUUAUUAUGGCGAUGAAAUUCUCCCUUAUUUUCUUGGUGGUUGUCGUUUCCAAAGAUAACUGUCUAUUUAGAUCCUCAACAACGCGACUUCAAAUUUCCACCAUCGCUCAAGUAAUACAAAUCUUAUUCUUCGUGUUACUAUUCAUUUCACAUUGGAAGGGUGAACCAUUCCUCUAUUCAAAUUUUAAUACCGCAGAAUAUUGGGCUAGAUUUGCGUAUCUGAUGACAAGCGUUAUCGGUCUUCUCAUGAUAUUGAACAUAGGACCUGUAGAUGGAUUAGGCAUUGGAUUAAUUAUAGUUAAUGUUACAAUUGUGAUAAUCAUUACUUGUUAUUUAAUGAAAAGGAUUAAUGAUUUUAGUUUGAGAUAUAUGGGAGGUGGUGGUGCAUAUGGUGUAAGUAGAAGUAUAGGAGGAAAUAGAGGAAGCCUUGGAAAAAAGAAAUUAGAAUUUUCAUUGAAUAUUUCUUCACCGGAUUUAGAUUUUGAUAGGUUGAUAAAAGAAAGGAUUUGGCAAGAUACUUGGACAAAAUUACUUUUAACUAAUGAGAAAUUCAAACCUCCAGCACUUUCUGCAGGAAAAUCAUUAUUAUUUAGUGAAGCGAGUUAUCGAGCACCAUAUUUAUUAAAUUUCUUUGGAAGCGUAGGAGAGAGGCAUAUUGAAAACUGUAAAAUAGUGUCGACAAUAGGUUUACAAAGUUAUGUCAAAGCCUUAGCACCUUUACCGUCGUCCAUGGUCAACCUAAAAUCAAAAAUUUUGAAUAAUUAUGUUGGAGUUGAUAUGUACUAUGCUGAGGAGUUUUUAGAUGUUAGUAAGAAGACAGGUUUUGGAAAAGCCUAUGUUGUACCUUUCCCAUUUUGUGUCGUAAUGUGUUAUGAUGAAGAUGACAAUAUUCUAGUAUUGAAGCAAGAAUGGGAACUUCAGAGAUACUUACAACAGAAUGAGAGCAAAGAAAUCCAACGAAGAAGGUUAGUUAGACAAAUGCUUAGAGCUUUGGAAGGAAAGAAUAUCAUUGGACCUUGUUAUGAAAACGUAGAUUAUUUGAAAGAAAAGGUUCAUUAUCAUCGAGGUAUUCUGUCAAUUCAAAGAAAGCAUGGAUCUCUUUGGAACGGUCAUGAUUUAAAUCCAGGAUUCAAAGUUACAAUUACAUAUUCAGAACCUGGACCCAAAGAAAGUAAAUGCCCUCAUAUAGUUACACAAGAAGUGAUUGGUAUAACCGAGGACUUUCAAAUGACAAAUCAACUUGAAAAAUUAUUCGGAGAUAAUUACAAAUUAGUUGAAAUGGGACUUGAUCAGAUUCAGACAACAAUGAAUGACUACCGACAAUAUUACCGAGAUGAAUCCAGAUCAAAGGAAGAAUCAUUGACAUAUGGAUUCCAUAUUAAUAUAUUUAAUAAUCCUUCAAUACCUUUGGAAGCACUUCCGUCAGUAUUACUCACCACAGAAGAAAAUCAGCAUGUUCAAUCAAUACCUGAACACGAAUAUCCAACAAUAGUUUAUUUAUAUGAACGUAUGAGAAUAGUUCAUACAUCUCGAGUGCAUCAGUGGUGGUAUUUAUUCUGGGAAGAUUUAUGGAACAAGAACGGAGAACUAAUUCCAUCUUUACAGAAAUACGAACAAGAUUUUUCACCAUUAUAUCGAACGAGUAUAUGUUACCAACCAAUGAAACGAUUGGAUUUAGAAGAAUUCUUGGAGAAAAGAGGGUUAUGGAUAGGGAAUGGAAAACUCGGACUAUUUCAUUCAGGCUUAUUAAAUAGAAUUUAUUUAUAUUUAAAUAAGGUUGUUUAUGAGACAAAAGAUAAAGAUGGAACACGUAAAAAAUGGCGUAUUUCAAAAGAAAAGAAAAUACAAGAUGAUGAUGAUUCAUCAAAAGGAAGAGGUCAAAGAAUGACUAUUAUUGGUAAAGUUGGUAGCGUUUUUAUGGGAAUAAAUAGAAAUUCGCAAAAUACCAAAAGACCUUAUUACGUCAUGAAAGAAGAGGAAAAUGAUUCCGAUCUGGAGGAUAUUGAAAUUGAUAUUGAUGAUAACAUUAGUGACAGUGCAACGUUAUAA